GCGAAAAAAUAUCAAUUUUCCAAUUUUACUAAUAAUAGUUUUUGGCGAAGUUUUGAGAAGAGUGUUACUGUACCCACCAGUGAACAACUACCUACGAUUCCUAAUACAUCGCACAGCACAGGAUAUCCCAGAACUCCAUAGUUUCUCAGUUGGCGAGGGGCAAGGUAGAAGAACUGUUGUCUGUUUGAAGGAGGCACUGAACAAUCCUAGUUCAGCCAAAAGUCAGGGCGACAUGAAAGGGAGAGGCAGGGCCAAAUUUCGGGACAACCCUGACCGACCAGGGGGAUCACCAGCUGGAAGGGAAGGUUACAACAGUGGCGAUAAUGAAAGACGAGAUAGCCCUGUGAAUUGGCAAUCUGACACGAAUAGAUGGCAACAUGACAGGUACACAGACAACAAAGCUGACAAUAGCAGUCCAGGGCAGCAAGAUUGGAAACAGGGCAGUGGGGCAGAGAACAACGGGGGAAAAUAUGAAUAUGGACAUGACACAGGUCGAUGGUCUCAAGAUAAUGACUGUGGUAGAAUGGGGAGUCCUUAUGGGGACAGUUUUGGGAAUCCUGAUUCUCCAGGUUUAAGGACCGGAAGUCCAGUAUUGGACCAUCAGAAGUGGGAUGACUCUCCUAGAUUUUCUGCUUUGGAGAGGGGGAGAAAUUCAACUGGAAUUGUUGAUCAGGCGGGGGGAAACAAGGAUGGAGGAAUAGGAAGAGGAAGAUUGUCUGCUGGUGAGAGGGGGAGAAAUUCACCCGUUAUUGCUGGUCAGGCAGGGGAGAAAUCAGCAGGCAGGGGAAGGCCGGAAAGAUCAAGAAACAAAAGACCUGAUGUGCAAGUGUAUGUGCCAAGAGCCAGAAGGCAACAACCCCAGGAACAACAAGGACAGCAAUGUCACCAACAGGCACCAUCAACAACCAGAGAUCAGACCCCUAAUCAUCCCACACAGAAUAAACAGCCUUAUGAAUCCCCCGUCCAUGACAUGAAAUCUAGUCCGUCACUCAAGAGCCAUUCUCAUGAACACGCCGCCAGGGAUUCUGGCUCCAGCACAUUGUCUGAUGGUCAUAACAACUUCCCAUCACUCAAGAGUCAUUCUCAUGGGCACACCACCAGGGAUUCUGUUUCCAGCUCAUUGUCUGAUGAUCAUAACAACUCCCAAUCACAAGGGUUAAGCUCAAAGUCUUCUUGUCAAAGUACAGAACGUUCAGGGAAAAGUUAUUCUGACUCUCAUGACAUGCCUUUGAUGACAGAAAAAAAAACUUCAACAAUUCAGAAGAAGAAAGAAAUGGAAAGAUAUGUUCCAAGAGCUAAGCUUCAAGGUAUAGCCGAACCGAAAGAUGAUCUCAUAAACGACAGGGAAGCAAAAAGAUUGAAAGGUGAAGAAAACAUUGAAGAAAUUAUGGACGAUGUUGAAAAUAAUGUUACUAGUACCGCUACCUCUAAAGAGUCAACAGAAAGUGAAACUGACACUGUUACUGGGGAUAAUUUGUUUAGAGAAAGGGUGGAACAUACGGUGGGCUUUGGGGAUUGUACGGACAAAGGCGAGGAGUCACAGGAAGGUGAUAUUGAAAGUAUUAGUGAUGAUAAAUGUCAUUUAGUUGAUGGUCAAACUUUAGGUGCUUCUGAAGAAGAUAAUACAUUAGAUAAAGCUGGGGAACAUUUCGAAAAUGAAAACAAUAUUAAUCUUGAUAGAGAAAGAACUGAAUGUCAUAGACAGUUUGAAGAUAUGCAAGCAAGUUUUGACAAAGAUGCAAAGAAGAAUAUAGAUGGUGAUGAAAAUAUAUUACAAAAUGAGAACAGUGAUGUGAAAGAAAUGGUUAUUGAUACAACCACAUAUCAGGAAUUGGAAGGAAUGGAUUAUACAGGGAAUAAUGAUGAUGAUAUUGUUGAAGCAAAUGGUGAUGCCAUUCAUAACCAGCUUGUGACUGAUGAAUUUGAUAAUGGUGCUAUUGAUACUAAAGGAGAUUGUGUUAAAGAGGCUACUGUAAUGGAAACAGAUAGAGAUGAAGAAACAAGUAUUGAUUAUGGAGCUGGCUCAAGAACUUCAAUUCCUGAUAUUGAUGUUGAUAAAGAACUAGAUUGUGUUGAGUCGAAUACUAUUUGUAUUGAAAAGACUGAAGAUUUUCCAAGUAGCUUCGAGUUAGGUGCCAUGUCAGAACCUAUACAGAUUAAAAACAAAUCAUAUACUAACAAUAGUCAGAAUGAUGUAGUGGUUGUUAGAGAAAGAACACAUGAAGAAGAAAGUGCAAUUAAGGACAGGCUUGAAAAUGAAACAAGAAGUCAAGAUUUUCAAUCACUUGAAAGCACGUCUGCUAAUGAAUUUAAUCAGUCAGCUAAUUUGGAUGAACCAAUAGGAAAUGAAAGUGUUAAUAAACAUGAGAAUUCAAAACAAAUAGAAAAAGGUGCCUUAGAUCAAUGUCAACAAACUAUAUGUGAGAAUUCGGAAAGUGAAGAUACUUCAGUGCAAAAACCUAAGAAAAUCAAGAAAGCAUCAAAAGUGGAUAAAAAGAAAACAAAAACUGUUAAAAUCUUAAAGAAAACUAAAAUGAAACCUGAUUCUAAGACUGGCCAAAAAAAUAAAGAUCAGGAACAAAAUAUUGACAGUGGACAGAAGCCUGUGACAGCUGGUGCUGCUGUUGAAAGGGUGGUUGAGCUAGCUGGUGAAGAGGAUGAGGAGGAAGAUUCCUGGGAUGCCAAGUUUGAUGAUGAUGGUGAAUGUCUGGAUCCAGAGGCUUUGGAAGAGUUAACUAGAACAGUGGGGGAGGUCCAGAUAGAGAAAUCAAAGACGAUUAACUACCUGGAUUACCAGCCCAGAGACAAGGCUGACUUUGAUGUCUCCAACUACAACCAUGUGAUUGAGAUUUACGACUUUCCAGCGGAGUUUGUCACCAGGGACCUUAUCACUGCAUUCCAGAGCUUCAUGUCCCGAGGUUUCGACCUGAAGUGGGUUGAUGACACUCAUGCCCUAGGAAUAUUUAGCAGCUCCAUUGCAGCCCAGGAUGCUCUAGACAUGGUCCAUCCCCUGCUGAAGGUGUGUCCACUGUCCCAUGCAUCCAAACAGUCGAAACAAAAGGCCCGAGGGCAUGUAGAGUUUCUUAAACCUUACAAACCCCGCCCAGAGACCACAGCCUCCGCUGCCCGGCGACUAGUGGCAGGUGCCCUCGGCUUAGCAACCAACGUUUCCAAGGAGAAGAGAGAGAAAGAAAGACAGCAGCUCAAGGAGGCUAAGGAGAAGCGUCGACAAGCACGUACAAACAGAGAACAAAUCUGGGAGUUUGGGAAAUGUGCAAUGGACGAAGAAUCAUGACAGAAAGACAAAGUGCAAAACAAACAAGUAAUCCUGACAGAAAAUAAGAAACAUAAUAGCCUCAUGAAUAGUGACAUUUACUUGUGAUAUUUAAUAAGCUAUCACAGUAUAUUGACAAUACCCCCUCAAGAGAAGAAGAGGGAACAAUGCCAUGUACUUGUGAUGUUGUUCUUCACUAAAGUCUUAUAUAUGUGCAGUACUGAAAUAUCACUGUAUAUGAACAUAUUCCCUAGAGGGAGAUCAAGGAGGUUAUUUAUCUGCAGGGAGCAAGGAAUCAUGAAGGAAACACAUUCAGGACUAGUGCUUGACUGCCAAAAUUUUCACAAUAAGUGCUAUUAGCUAUUAUUAUACCUCAUGUGACUUCACCGUGUUAAAUUCUCAUAUACCCAUCAUGAGCAAUUUUUUAUAUUAUUAUACCUCACGUGACCUGCCCAUGUGAAAUUUUCAUAUACCAAUCAUGGGCAAUUUUAUACUGCCACACACUGACAGUAGGGUUAUGACGAGUUGGUAUGAUACUGUCACAUACUAGCAUGAGUCUAAAAAAAGACAAUUUUGUUUUCCCAAGUUUGAGUUGGAAAGCGCUUAAUAAGAUGAGUUGUUAAUCUGUAACUUUCAGUGUAAGCAACUUGUUGUGUAUCAAAACUGUCUUUGCUAUAUUUUUAGAUUUCUAUCAAUUGUUACAGAAAUAAUUACAGAAUAAAUUGAUUAAAACUUGACAGUUGUGUAAUGGUGAAAGGACUUUAUGUUAUUAUGUUUGGUAUAAUAUACUAAAUAUUGCAUGUCUGCCAGUGAGUCAAUAUGUAUUGUCAAUGUUCAGGUAAAUACGGUUAUCCAUAGCGAAGUCUUGGAUAUCAGUAUUUCCCUCAUGUUGACAAUAUGAACUGUCACACCAGUGGCCAUGCAAUAUUGCAUUAUAACUUUUCAAGUCCUACCUAAUUUUGUGCUUGCGUCACCAAUUACAAAUUGCAUUGAAUGGCAAAAAUACAUAAAUUGGGGCUAAUGAUCUUCUUUGAUUGAGUUAUAUAAGGGAAUAGGACAUCACUGGAAGACUUGAAAUUUUCCUAGUCAUAAUGCUUUUGUAUGAAAUUCUGAAUCAGUUUACAUAAAAAAUGUGCAUUUAUUGUUAGUUUAUGUACACUUAAUAGUUUAUUCUAUUAAUACCUUUACAAAAUGAAGUAUUUUUUCAAAUGCAAAUUGAUUAUUGUGUGAAAAUUGUACAUUUUAUUUAUUUGUUACUUUAAUGACGCCUAUGAGUCUUAGAUUUAAAAAAAUACCGGUGUUUGAAGUAAAUGCAAGGUAUGUUUGAAUGAAUUAAAGACAUGUGAAAUAA